AGAAGCAGCACCGUCGUAGUCGUCGAGCGUAGGAAAAAAGAAAAGUCGUAUUUUCGGUCCGAUCACCGAGCUGGCUGGUCGCUCGUGCGGUUCGUGUCGUGAUUUUCUUUCCAGUUUUUCCCAUUCUUUUGCACUUCAUUUCGGUCCCGUCACCAUAUCAUCGGCGCAGAUUGUGCAGUGUGCGAUCCAGUAGGAAUAUUCGCGACGAAUGGGACUCGGGCACUAGUUGGAAAUUGAAGGCGGAAAGUGACGAGGUUCGAACAAGAUCAGUUUGGGGCGCUGGAAUCGCCCCAUUUUGAGGUCAAAAGUGCAGUCGGAAGGCAGCAAUAGAAGAAGAAGCUGGAGCACGAGAAGAAGAAAAAGAAGAAAGCAUUACGAAGCAGACAGUGUAGAGUAGAAAAUCUGUAGGCGCUCUAUCGCCAGACGUAAAAACUCCAUUUUUUCGCCGUUGUGUGUGUAGUUCUUCCUCUUUCACGCGGGUCCGAAUACACACAUACAGACACACGCGUAGUCCAUCCAGAGGGUUGCAUGCAGUGGGCUCCUGUUUGAGAGGCGCUUGUUUGUCCAAAAAAGAAAAGAAAAAAGAAACUACGUCGACGAGUACUACCGCCAGUACACACUGCCUACUACGACGAUUACGCGGUGACGAUAAUCCAAGUAGGCGAAGACGGCGACAGACGGCCGUGGAGUCAGUGGCAGCAAAAGUCGAUCGUCAAUCACGGAGAGAAAGAGAGCUCCUUAAGUGAACUGGAGCAGCAGGGAAAAGUGUCUUCCAAGUUCCAGCAUUUUAAUUGAGCACAAUUGGCUACUAGAUCAGCGACUGUGUGUAAGGAGAAAUUGAUAAUUUGCAUUCGAGGACGGCUGCUGGCAAUUAUAGUUGGCUGAUCGACCGAGCUGCUGUUCGAAGAAUCGAAGGCACGUAUACAAGCAAGUUGCCUUUGCCGUCGUCGUCGUCGGGUAUUAGAUGAGGAGGCGGUCGCGAAGUCGCGAGGUGGCGGAGAAGGACGAAAGCGGAACAAAAUGAAGCCAUAACACCUACGGUUCGUGUUUGCCAUCUGCUCGGGAAAAAGCGACAAAAGGGCCUGUUCCGGCGGGAAAGUGGCCAGUUGCCGUAGUGCAAGGGCUAGUUCCGUCCCGAAAGAGUCCCGUGACGGGUUCGACCCAAAGCGGACAGUGACGAAUCAAUCACAAUAUUUACAUAACAUUGUGUGACGGGUUUGUGUAGUGCAUGAAUAAGCAAGGCAGGCAAGGAUUGGGCUCUUACCAGUUCCAGUUAUUGUGUGUUGUUUAGUGAACGGGUGUUGAGGUGUGUUUGUGUUUGUGUGAGACCACUCGCUAUAGGAAAGUGCAUUGGAAGCGAAUAAGAUACAGCGGAAAACUAAUAAGAAAAGUGCUUUUGGAAGCGAAGAUAAUCGACCACUGAAUGACAUACAAAUUUGUCGAGGUUUAUUUCUUACAGUGAAGAGUGAGGGAAACCCGCGAGUAGAUUGAUUUGCGUCUUCGGUAGUCUUGGUGAAGGCAGAUACGAAAAUUACGUGUUCAAAAAGGGAUUCAGUGGCUGAGAAGAACUGCGUUGGACUGGAGCAGGACAGGAAGGAGUUUCCGAUAGUUUUAUUUUAUCGGAAGGUGUAACUCGUCGGCUCCAAAUGUGGAUGAGCGACAAGCGGAUGAGCAGUUAUUUUCUUAGUUUUCGUUCGGUUUUUCCCUUUUAUUUGCACUCCAGUUUCGGUCGCAUGUGUCUGCUACUACAAUGCGAAAGCUAAGUGUCAAUACGGGAGGCAUGUCAAGACAAUCCAAACAGGCACCUCAAGUGAAGAAGGUGAUGCCACCGGCUGUUCCGGACGUUUACGGAAGAACGACAACCGGUGCCGGACAGGCGGCUGCUUACGCAACAUCAGCGGCUGCCGGUAACUCAGUGGACGACAACGGAGGUUUUAUAAUUCAGCAGGAAACGCCCUCGUCCCUGAUGCUGCGCUACGAUCAUACGGAUUUUGCCGAUGAUCAAGGAAUUGAUCUCACGCAGUCGCCCGGUCGCGACAGUCCAAUUAGUCUGUCCGGGUCGGCUGGUUCCGGCUCGAGGCACUCGACGGCAAGUUUAGACUCUGGACGGGCGUCCUCUUAUCUCACAGGGGCUUCCACAUCUUCCAAUCGCAGUGCCGGGGGCUAUGGAACGCUCAACUCUCCCCGCUGCUCGGUCAGUUCGUGCUCCAUUGGCAGCGGCAAUCGACUAAGCAAUCACUCCAAUCGCAGCGAUCACGACAUCAUCUCGGAAUGGCUCAUGGAGGUUCAUUUUCACGAGUAUACUUAUCUAUUUCUGGAGGCAGGGUACGAUCUACCUACGAUAGCACGAAUGACCCCGGAAGAUCUUACUGCGAUCGGUAUCAAACAGCCGACGCAUCGAGAAAGACUGAAGCGACACAUCGAUGCGCUAAAACUACCUGACGCUUUGCCUAACUACGUCCCUGGCUCGAUCGAGGAGUGGUUGCGAUUACUGAGACUGGAAGAGUACGUUCAACCACUGUUGGCGCAAGGCUACGAAACAGUUAACGACGUCACGCAGUUGACGUGGGAAGAUCUAGAAGAUAUCGGGAUCGUAAAACUCGGCCACCAAAAGAAAAUCCUGCUCGCCAUAAAGCGUGUGAAAGAUAUCAUCAGUGGAAAACUGGGCGUUCCGGCAUACGUUGGCGCAGCAAUGCCUCUACCACAGCCGACGACAGCCGCCCUUCACUGUCAGCCGAUGCGUCCGCCGUUCGACGAAUCCCUCGAACCCAAACAGCUAACCUAUUCAACCUUCAUGCGGCAACCUUCCGUUCCCGGAGCCGAUCCGUAUUAUUGUCAACAACACCUUCCACAGCAACCGAUCUCUUACCCCCAUGUCCAUUUCGACGGUAACCAAGCAAUUUACCGUCGAAGCUCGUACGAUGACAGUGACAUCACGCCCACUAACGAGAUAUCGUCGUUGAUGAGCGGCGAGCAUCAUGGAUCGGCAGCGAAUGCCCCUAUAAACCAUCAGCAAUACUAUCAAGGUGGAGGAACGCUCCCUCGGCAACACCAACGCAACAGCUACGGUGUCCGGUUAACGCUCUGCCAGAACCCUGCCAGCACCACCCAACGACAACGACCGAUAGCAAAAAUUGUAGCAAAUAAUCUUAAACUGGCUCCAACGUCAGACGGGGGCCCAGCUCCCCCAUACCCGAAUCCUAUUUCAAUCGGUCACAUCGAAAACGUUGAAAUGGCCACCGCUGCCCUAGAUGCCAUGCAUUUCUCCAAUUACACAUCCUUCAAUCACCAUCCGCUGAAAUACAAUCCCACGCCGCCUAACCAACAACCACAGCCAAUCUACCACAAUCAGAUAAUCCUACAACAGCAGCAGCAGCAGCAACAACAACAGCAGCAGCAACAGCAACAAUUCUACUCCAACUAUGCCGGCCAGACGCAUCAAACGACCGUCGAGAUUCACAAAACCCAGCACGACAACAAGAGCAACUCCAGCCUGGAGUCGAUCGAUCAGAUCCCAUUCGCUAACGAGAACGCCGGUACGAUCAAGCAGCGUUCGAUGAACCGUUGCAGCGAUCACCAUCCCAUGCAGCAUAUGCUGUCGCACUCGUCCUCUUCGACGUCGUCCUCUUCGUCAACGGGGUCCAUCACAACGACUCUGGCCGGCUGUAUUCAGCAGCUUUCGCCGCCACAAGCCGACCCGCAAACGCCUUCGUCCGCGUCCAUUUGCUCAAAAAACGCUGGCAACAGCAACAGUGGAAGCGUCAAGGGAUCGGCCACCACUUCGCCGACCGCGGCCACAUCCGCUGCGGUGGGCGUCGUCGGGACGAACGUGCUGAACGACAUCGGGAACAUGUUGGCCAACCUGACGGACGAAUUGGAUGCCAUGCUGGAGGAGGAGAACCGGGCCGGGAUUAGCGAUAUAGAGUAAGUGUGUUCGGUGCGAGGUAAAACAAAACACAAAUUAAUUACGACGUCGUUGGCUAGAAAUCGUCUCGUUGUGUGCACCGAGCAGCAGCAGCAGCAGCUCCAACUGUCCCAACUCUACCCGGAAAAGAAAGAAAUCAAAACAACAAUAGACGCAACUGCACAACUGACGGCGACCUAUGGGAGCGACCAUGACGGCUCGACCAAUGUCGUCAGUCGCGUUUAGUUAGCCGCUGGUUGGUUGAUUACGGCGAGACUGCAGUUUUUCCAAGGAGCGGGCAGCUGUACGGUAACAACACCAAUGAGUCGGUGGCAUUUAGCGGCGAAGAAUAGGUUCAUUUAGCAAAAUUGACCGAAGUUAAGGAAGUUUUUCCAUUUUUUUUUCAAAUUUCUUUACACUUCAUGAGUUUCUCCGGAGCACAGCCAGCCAGCCAAGCGUCAGUCAUUCAUCGGAGCGAACAACAAAUCUACUUAAAACCCAUUCCGAGUCAUGUUCGACGAGCCUCCUAUAAUUGAGUUAUCGGUUAAACGAUUUUGUCUCCUGCGUGAUCGAAGGAGGCGUCUAUCGAUAUGGGGGUCGUAGUAGGCGCGCGGAGGAAAAAUUGGUUCUCGUCGUAUCCCUAGCAGUUCGAGGAACUAUAACUACAUUUUCAGUGCUUAUAGAUUGGAACGGAUGAGGCGGAAAAUUGCCAAACAUCUCCAUCGAAUGUGUUGGAGAUAAUCGAUUUGCGUAACGGUGGAGGCCACCUGGUGGCGUUGGUUGGUAGCUCAGCGUUGUCGGUUUGUUUACACACUCACCCCCGAGAUUGUUCGGCGAAAAUGAAAAGAACAGCAAGCCAUGCUUGCGUUUGCCAAUCAUCAUGCAUUCACAUUUCGAAAGACGGAAUAGUGAAGAAGAAAUGAACGGAGCGUCAUUGCUGCUGCCGCGCCUGCUUUGGUUACUGCCGUAGGAUGGCCCACAAAAAAUGCUGUUUUUUGUUCUGUUCAUAUUCAUACCCGAAAUUUAUGGGUGUCGUAAAUAAUAAACAGUAACGGCCGAACGCACGAACACGAAACGCGAAUGCGCUGUUCGCGAAUCUUGCGUGACAUCUUUUUGUUUUUGUUGCUGCCGGUGAUUGGUCGCGUGACCUCAGUGCGCCCACCUGACAGUUACUGACAGCGGCUCUUGAUUGCACGUCGGACGGACAGACGCAGAUGUCAUCGUACCGGUAAAUGGCACAACGAAUGCUGCUUCAAUGACGGUCGCCUGCUUGGUUGGUUGGUUGUGAACGAGAAACUUGGGUGUUCUUUUGCGAUAAUUUUGUUUUUCAAGAAGAUGGCGAAUGAAACACAAACGAACGAGAUAAGUGUGAUUUAUUUAUUUACUUAAAAACAAGAGAUAAUUUUUAUAAUGCAUUUUUAUACAGCAGCUACGAGAGAAAACAAAAGUCGUCCUAUAAUUUUAAGAAGGUCAAAUAUAUUUUAUUUUUAUUUUUUCGAAGAGAAUCAAAGACGUUCGAAUGAACCACGGAUAACAUAGCUAAAACAAUGAGGGAAUCGAAUAAGUUAGUCCAGGAACGUUAGAAUGUAACUAGAAGCUGAACAAGCCAAACCAAGAGCAGUAAUUAUUUGACCGUAGACAUUCCUACUGAAAACGAACAACAGCUAAUCUGCAGUAAAGUCAACAAAUCGAGAACCUUUCCAUGUUAGAAGAAAAACUGAAAACGCAAACAACAGAAACUAUUUGUAUUUAAAACAAAACAACCGUCGACUAUAGGGCGAAGUCGCCAAACACACGGAGAAAAUCAACUCAUCCCAUAAACACCAGUUUAGUACCAGAUUUAUGAACCGAAGCAUUUCCAUAAACUAACCUAAUAUUGAUAGAGCCAACUCACAACUGAAGAAAAAAACGGAAAAAUCUCACACAGCAUGAAAGCAAAGCUAUAUUUUUGUACAGAGCAACAACACAGAACAAAACAACAACAAAAGCCAUUAAAUUUUCCCGCUGAAAGCGCGCGCACACACACGGCGCGAGUUUAUCGCCUCAAUUCUUAUUUACAAACAAAUUCAUCAUUUUUCCAGCUCGGAAGAGCGCAGUUCGGAAAACGAGCACACGUGCCAUCAUCAUCGCGCGAUCCAAGAAUAGAUCGGGGUUUCGGACGGGCGGGCGCGAUCUUCGCCGUCAUCGAUUGCCACCGCUUACCUACCGUUGCGUUGUUGCGCUGCGCAACGGCGAUGGCAACAACAUAAAUCCAAGACGGCUACGGGGUUUUAAUUGUUUUGGGUUCGUAGCUCGCUUGCUAGAUCGAUCUUCCUCUACGAACGGGAAAGCGAAAGGGAAGUGAAAGUAGACGUAGGAGGCGACGCGCUGACAGAGUGUGGGAGGAGAGGUAAUCUUUGGGCCUAAAGUGCAACCACAUGUGCGGCUUUCAUCAGAACACCAAGGGUGUGCUGGUGCGUGUCGAAAUCCAGAUGUGUGGCAGAACUCGUAAAUAGAUCCGCCAGCAGGUCAUCUUCCGUGUGUCUGUGGUGCCCGAGCUGAAAUGAUAGAUAAUGUUUAGAAACGUAGAACGUACAGUGAGUUAUGAUUUCUUAAACUAGUAUGUUCUUUGAUACUUGAGAUCAAUAAUUUGGCUACUUUGAUUUGGUCUUAGAAGUGAUAACCUAAAGUUUUUCCGUGUAAAAUCUAAUUGUAAGAUUAUAAACGAAAAACUGAUUUAAUCUAUUCAGGUUUUAUCAAAGAAUCAAUUCGAUGGCACCAUGAUUUUAUAUGUUUCACACAUGAAAUUACUGUUUUCUACAAUUUAUGUAAUUUGAAGUUUAAAGUGCUAGAUGUUUGUGUUGUUUUCUAACGGGAUUACGAUCAACUUGGAUUUCUACAUCAUUCUAAUUGGAAAAUAAAGUGUUAGUGUAGUCAUAAAACGUGCUUGACACAUUCCUGUUGGGCUUUUUUUUUAACAAUCUUAUAUUUCUAAGGCUCAUUUAGACUAGUUUAUGCAUGCAAAGCCAUCAUUUGAAAGAUCCUAAAAAUAACAGAAAAGAUUACUAGACUACAUACUUCUAACAUUUUUCUUUCCAUUAAUAAUGCGUGUAGUACAUCGAAGAUACUACAGGCCUACUGUGCCUUAUAAUCCUGUGUUUUCGAGGUUCCUUUGAGGAAAAAUUCAUCAAACUUCCAGUAAUCAGUAAAUUUCUUCAACAUUUCCCUCCAAUUUUCAUCUCGGCACAUCUUUUCACACCGAUGACGAGAUGACUGGCGUCAGUCGCCGUUUUGUUCCAAUAUACGUUCAGUCAUCGGUAGAACGGGUAGAACACCAUGAUAGAUUUGUUUUUCACGUCGUCAUCGCGUUUCGUUCCUCAACGAAUGCUUUACGACUCGCCAUAUAGAAUCAAUUGGUUACAGCGAUUCUCCUCGCUUGCUAUGAUCGACGUCGUAUGCGGCAGCGCGCGCACACGUGUGCCGCCCCGCUCGACGAUCGUUCUCGUAGCGGAGAAAAACGUUUUGCUUAAUUUCGAAAAAAAAAAUGGAAAACAGUAAAACUGUGAAAGCAAAUUAGAACGACCCGUUGAAAGCUGCACUGACUGACUGACUGAAAGCGUUUUGGGCGCCGGUGUGCGGUGGUGUUGAUCUUCCUCAUCGGUUGAUUGUGUUGCGCGCGGAGAUCGCGAAUGGGGUUAAUCCGCGAUUGGGCAAUCAAGGAGGAGGAGUAGGCGAUGUGUUGUCUCUCGUGCACGUGAUCACCAAGGAGAUUUCGUGCGAUGCGUUCUAGAGAGGUUAGGCAAUUUUGUUGUUUUCAUCGGACCGCUAAAACAAGGUGCCACCGCCAGGGUGUCAUAUGGUUGGUCGGUUGUUUAUCGGUCGAUUAGGAAAUGGUGAUUUUUCACGAUGGGAAAUGAGGCGAAUCAGUUGGAACAAGAUAUGGGAUUUGUAAUUCCGAUUAUGAAAACAUCUGGUUGAAAAAAAUGGAUUGAUGUUAUGAUCAGGCAAUUCGUUUCUAGAAAAUUUAUAACUCAGCAUAGAUCUUUUCUGGUUGCGUCUCAGCAGCUUGUUAGAAUGCAUUAAGGGCUAGUGAAACUGGUUUGUAAUAAGGAUCAGCGGAAAAUAGUAUUUACAUGAGGACCACUUAGCUAAAUCCUGACAGAUGUUUAGCGAUGAAAAGUAGGAACACGGCGCCACUUUCCCUUCCGCCAGUUUUUCUAAGUAGGCCUUUCUAUUUGACAGGUUUGUGUGUGCCAUUGUUUACAACUUUUCAAAAAAGUGUUAUCACCUUUAUGUCACCAUGUAUGUCAUUUUGAUAGGAGAACUGUCAAAGCCUUCCAACUGAAUUUAAACUUCUUUUGUAUACGCCAUUUUACGAAGAGACAACAGUGUUAAUAUUGCUACUGAAAUUCACGUGUUAGGGCACCAGCACCUGUCAAAAUUUCUUUCUUAAAGCUAAGUUUCCUGUUGCCACGUAAAGCGCUCAAGUGAAAUUCCACCUUUUUCCGCCAGUAAUUUUGACAACUGAUCCAGUAUGGGGAGAAACGUUACUUUUCCUUACGGAAUUAUAGCACGGACUAUUUUUCCGCACGGAAAAGUGACAGCUCCAUUUGAUUCGCUCGGGAGGCGUUACAAGUGUUACACUUUUUUCCUUACUUGCCAUCUGCGAACUGCUCAAGUAAUUUUGAAGCGGAAUCAUUACUUGACCAUUACUCGUGCCAUUACUUGUCCUAUCUUUUUGCACUGUACGUACGAAGUGGAAACUAGCCAUAACCCUCUACAGGAAAUCUUAAAUGAUGGUCCAUUUCGAAAGCCUGGGACCCCAAAUUAGUUCUUCUGUAUCGCAUGAUCCUGAUUUAUUAGAAUAUCGGUGUCUUCAGUAAAGUUGUUGGGUUGGUAAAGGACUUAUAGAUGCUGGACCGUUUAAUUCGGAAUUUCAUAUAUAGGUGGCGCCAGUGAGCAUGUAAGUGUUCAGUAUUUGAGCACAUAUAUAUCAAGAUCCUGACCACAUAGAAUUUUGGUGUCUUCAGCAAAGUUGUUUAAUAGGUAAAGUGUUUACUCAUGAUGGACCUUUUGUUUGUAAAUUUCACACAUAGAUGGCGCUGCAAAUUUUAUAUUAAUAUAUCUCAGGAUCCUGAUUACCUAGAAUGAUGGUAUCUUCGGCAAAGUUGAUGAGUUGCUCAAGGACUGACAGAUGCUGGUCCGUUUGAUUCUGAACUUCACACAUAGGUGGUGCUAGUGAGCAUAUUAGUAUUAAGUAUAUGAACACAUUUAUAUCAAGAUCUUGACCACAUAGAACUUUGGUGUCUUUGGCAAAGUAGUUUAUGGGGUGAAGUGUUUACUAAUUAUGGACCGUUUGUUUGAAAAUUUCACACAUAGAUGGCGCAACUAAUCGUGCAAAUUUUAUAUUUCAUACAUCAGGAUCUUGAGCAUCUAGAAGGAUGAUAUAUCCGGCAUAGUUGUUGGGUACGUCAAGGACUUACAGGUGAAGCAGCGUUUGAUUUGGAACUCAACGUAUAGGUGGCGUUAUUGAGCACGCAUUUCUCAUAUAUCUCAUAUAUUGCGGGAUUCUGAUCACUUAGAAAGAUGGAGUCUUUUGUUGCAUAGGCCAAGUACUUACUGACCAUGGACCGUUAAAUUUGGAAAUUCGUCAUACGUAGUUUAAAUUGGUCAGCAUGCAAAUUGUAUAUGUCAUAUAUUUCAGGAUUCUGAGCUCAAAGAAACAUGGAGCCUUCGGCAAAGUUGUUGGGGAGAUCAACGACUUACAGUUAAUCGACCGUAUAAUUCGGAACUCCUAAUGUAGGUGACGGUACCGAGCAUGCAAAUUAAAUAUCUCAUUUAUCUCAGGAUUCAUUGCCUUAACUUUCAGGUUUACCCAUUUUGUUGAACAAGUUACUUUUUGCGUCGUGGCUCACGCUGUACAACAUAGUGACAAUGAGUACAAUUUAUGUGUGGGUAUAUGUUUGUUCUACUUACAUGGCAAACUUGUGGCCGUGCGGAUAGCAUCGUCAAACAUACUCGAUGGUGUGACAUACUGUUUGAGCAAGAGAAAGAGCAGCGCUGGUGUCGUAGUAGAAUGGAAAUUCUAACACUAGGCGUAGCUAGAGUGAAAACAAUAUAUAAAUUUUAAAAGUCUCAGGAUGCUGAUUAUUUAUAAAUAUGGUAUCUUCGGCAAAGCUGUUAAGAAGAUCAAGGUGAAUUAUUAUUGGGCUCGAGUUUCUGUCAUUAGGUGGCGCUAGUAGCAAAUUUACAAAAACAUAGAAAUUUUUAUUAUUAGCCAGAAAAUUUUAAACAAGCUAUAAAUUCUUAUUAAGUGCACCAAAUCUUGACUGCAAGAUCCUCAACUAGUAAGCUAUAAUUGGUACAAAUUUGAGCUUGAUUGGUUAACUCUACGUUAAGUUGAAGUAUUUCUAGUAAAAUUCUUCUAAUUUCACUACAGUCCAAUAAACUACUAUAUCUUACAGUUAAGUUAACUAAAUUUGAAGAAAUUUUGAAAAUGUAUGACUAAUAAAUUGGUCUUUGUUUACCGUUUGACUUGACUCAAAUUUGUCUGAAUAGAAAAAAAGUUACAGCUUGUUGAAUACAUUUUUAGAAAUUCUAAUCAUUUGCAACCCAUUUUUAACCAACAGCACCGCCUAGAGAUGACAUUUUGCAUCAUCAAACUGUAAGCUCUUAACUUACCAAACAGUUUUUCCGUGGAAACCAUCUUUCUAAGUAACCAGCGUCCUGAGAUUGAAAAAAAAAUGGCUCUUUAGCGCCACCUAUUAGUGAAAUUUCGAAUCAAAAGUCCUCGACCAGCUUAACAGUAUUGCCGAGCAUACCAACACUCCAAGUUAUUAAACCCCUGAGAUAUAUGGGUAAAAAUUGUGUUAUUGUUGUAUCUGUUUGUCUCUGAUAUCACAGCAUAAGAUGUCUCUUAGCUUUUUUUAAGAUCCACUGGUAUGCGUUUGGUUCAUCAAAAUAUUUGAACAGCCUCCUGUGAACACUGCGUGUGCACUGAGUGUUUUUUUUCUCUGAGUGCGCACAGAAAUUGUGCACUGGGAUGUGACUUGCAGGCUCUUGUUCUAUAUGAGAUAUACACUGACGCCACCUAUGAGCAAAAUUCAGAGUAAAACGACUCAUCAUUUUUAAGUUCAUGCCACUUAUUUGCAGAAUCCUGAAUUUUGUUAAAUAAUCUGAAUCCUGAUGUAAAAUAGAUUCAAAAUUUGAAUGCUCAAUAGCGUCAUCUCGUGACAGAGGUUCGAAUCAAACGGUCCAUUAUCUGUAAAUUCUUGACUUACCAAACAUCUUUGCUGAAGAUAGUAGAGACGGUAAGAGAGUUAUUAGGAUCCUGGGAUAUUUGAAGUAUAAAAUUUGCAUACUCAGUGGCGCCACCUAUGUGUGGAUUUCCGAAUCAAAUUUUGCAUCAUCUGUAAGUUCUUGACCUAUGAAACAACUUUGCCGAACACGCCGUCUUUCUAUGUGAUUUGCAUGCUCACUAGCGCCAUCUAUGUGUGGAGUUUCAAAUCAAACGGCCCGCCAUCUGGUAGUAAUUGACAAACACAACAACUUCCCCCUUUUAGGCGUCAUCUUUUUAAGUGAUAAGGAUCCAGUGAUAUAUGAGAUACAAAAUUUAUAUGCUCAUUAGCACCACCUAGUGGUGGAAUUUCGAAUCAAUCGGUAAAUUAUCUGCAAGCGCUCGACUUACUGAGCAACUUUCCCGAAGACGCAACGCUUCUACAAGCUCUAGAUCUUCCGAAAAUUUCGUUUGAAGACAUUAUAAUACUAAAUUGUUUAUGCCAAAUAGCGCCAUCUAGUGAGGAAAUUUCGAAUUAACCAAUACAGCGCCAGAUGACGCAUGACUUACCGAACAAAUUUGCCAAAGACAUGAAUAUUUUAAACAUCAGAAUCAAAAGAUAUAGAGAAUUCAAUUUGGGGUCUGAAUGGAUUAUUUUUGCUUAAAUAAUAGAACUAGGUCUAGCUUGAAGGUAUUGAAAAAAUAAAGUCAAUAUGUUAUACCCAA